CGCGUUCCUUUCCAUCCGCGUGCCCGUGGUUUGUCCUGCGUCUACACUUGAGGGGUUCCAUCGGGAAAGAGAAAUGCAGACAAAAAUCAUGUUAGAAACUGAAGAUCAAGCCAUGGAUGACAACCUGGACGCCGCCGCGGAGGCUAAACGCCUAAAGAAAAAGAACAAAGAGGCGAAGAAGCUGAAAAACCAGCAGAACCUGGAGGAGCAGGAAGAGCAGCAGGACCUGGACUGUGAACCUCCAGCACCAAAGAAAAAAAAGAGAAAAGACUCUCUUCCAGUGGACCAAGUCAACGACCACAUCGAGGAGGACACACACAUGAACGACAUCACUGCCGACACACCAGAGAAGAUUAAGAAGAAGGCUGAAGGAGACUCUGAGAAAAAAAAGAAGAAGAAUAAGAAAGCCGAGGUUGAAACAAACGGACAUUCCAUCCCAGACACCCCGGCACCCACACCGGUCCAGUCCAGUGAAGACUCGGCCAGCGACAGUGAAAAAGAAACGGGGGAGACACCAGAGCAGAAGGAAGGAGCCUUCUCCAACUUCAGGAUCUCCCAAUUCACUAUUGAUAAACUGAAAGCUCGGGGAGCCACUUACCUGUUUGACAUUCAGGUGAAGACAUUCAAUCCUGUUUACGACGGCGAGGACGUCAUUGCCCAAGCCCGAACUGGAACAGGAAAGACGUUCUCAUUUGCCAUCCCCUUGGUGGAGAAGCUGCAGACGGAUGCAGUGGCGUUGACCAGAGGCCGGGCUCCCAAGGUCUUGGUGUUGACUCCAACCAGAGAGUUGGCAAUCCAGGUCGCAAAGGACUUCAAAGACAUCACCAGGAAGCUUUCACUCGCCUGUUUCUAUGGCGGCAGCUCAUACAACCCACAGCUUGAUGCAAUCCGUAAUGGUAUCGAUAUUUUGGUGGGCACACCCGGCCGCGUCAAAGACCACCUGCAGAACAACAAACUCGACCUCUCCAAACUGAAACAUGUGGUUCUGGAUGAAGUUGACACGAUGCUGGACAUGGGAUUUGCAGAUCAGGUUGAAGAGAUUUUGUCGACAUCAUAUGCGAAAGAUUCCGACUCCAACCCACAAACUCUUCUGUUUUCGGCCACCUGCCCUCCCUGGGUUUACGAGGUCGCCAAGAAGUACAUGAGACCACAGUGCAAACACGUAGAUCUGAUCGGCAAGAAAACACAGAAAGCUGCAACGACAGUAGAACAUCUGGCCAUCACCUGUCACUGGUCGCAGCGUGCAGCUGUAAUCGGGGAUGUGAUCCAGGUUUACAGCGGCAGCCACAGCAGGACCAUCGUGUUCUGUGAAACCAAGAAAGACGCCAACGAACUUUCCAUGAAUACAUCCAUCAAACAGAGUGCCCAGACCCUCCAUGGUGACAUUCCUCAGAAACAGAGAGAGAUCACGCUGAAGGGCUUCAGGAACGGGACCUUUGAGGUUCUGGUUGCCACAAACGUUGCAGCCCGUGGAUUAGACAUCCCUGAAGUCGACCUGGUGAUCCAGUGUUCUCCACCAAAGGAUGUGGAGUCGUACAUCCAUCGCUCGGGACGUACGGGCCGAGCCGGCAGGGCUGGAGUCUGCAUCUGUUUCUACCAGAGGAAAGAGGAGGACCAGCUGCGCUACGUAGAAAACAAAGCAGGUAUCACAUUCAGACGAGUUGGCGUUCCCACUGCAAACGAUAUCAUCAAGUCCUCAAGCAAGGACGCUGUCAGGUUUCUGGACUCUGUUCCGAUUACAGCUGUCGCGUACUUCCGAGAAUCAGCGGAGAAGCUGAUCGGGGAGAGAGGAGCAGUUGAUGCACUGGCCGCGGCCCUGGCUCAUAUCUCUGGAGCCACAAGUCUCGAGCAAAGGUCACUGCUCAACUCCGAUGUUGGUUUCACCACUAUGCAGAUGGUGUGUUCUCAGGAGAUGCAUAAUAUGGGUUAUGCUUGGAAAUCCAUCAAAGAGCAGCUUGGAGAAGAGUUUGAGUCCCACAUUCAGAGAAUGAACUACCUCAAAGGCAAAAUGGGUGUUUGUUUUGAUGUCUCAGCUGGCAAAGUCAAAGAGAUGAUGGACGGCUGGACGGACGGUCGCCGUUGGCAACUGACUGUAGCCACAGAGCUCCCGGAGCUGGAGGAGAAGCAGUUCACUAACCGCGGAGGAGGCUUCGGUGGCGGAAACCGCGGAGGAAGCCGCGGAGGAGGCUUCAGAGGUGGCAGAGGCCGUGGUUUUGGAGGAAGCGGUGGCCGUAGCAACGGGUUUCGCAGCGGUGGCUUUAACAACAACAGUAACGUCAAAGGAGUACACAAACGCGACUUCGGCGAAGCAUUUGAUUAUUGAAGCGGCAACCUGUGGACUGAUGAGACCGACUGUCACUCAUCUGGCUGGUCAGAGUGUGAUCGAUACAUUUCCUUCAUCAGCUUUCAGAUAACCAGAAGCUUUGUAUACAGUACGUCAAAUUACCCCAACCCUCGAUGUUCCCACUUUCAAAAUAAAGUGAAAAUUCCAUCAGAUCUGAUGAACAGCAAAAGUCCAAUUCAGAACAAAUUCGAUUUAAGAUCACUUUCAGUGUUCAGUUGAACACCGCGCCACUGGUUUCCAUUAUGCAAGGCCAGGCGUGUGCCUUUAGAGAUCCCCUUAAGUUGCCAUGUCUUGAAUGGCACGAGAUCAAAACCAUUUGGUACUCAACCUAUUGUAAAAGUUUAGCAUUAUAUGGCUAAAAACGCUGGAAUGCGUCACUCACUGAUUGUGGCUUCAUGUUUGGGGAGUGGUGGCAGUUUGUCGUAAUACAAAGGUAGUUCAUUAUGACGAAACAACGUGUUACAUAACUACACUAGAUAACUCUGUGUAGAGCCACAAAGGUGCACUGUCCCGAAGACACUCAUGUGGUGGGCAGUGUUUUACCCUGCAGCCCCCAGAGAGUGGGAAAGAAAUGGGAGUUUUAAGGAUGUGCCCAAUGUCGGCCUGCUGCCGUACCGUCAGCUCAAGUCUUCGCCAAGAUAUAUUUGGAUGAUUGAUUUUGCAAUUGCCUCUAUUUAAUAACUCUUCUGCUUCCAUUCAUUUGAAUGAAAUUCAUUACUC